AAACGUGGAAAAAUACUACUGGUCUUUGCCUUAAAGUAUUUAAAUGUCCAACAGUACUUUUUAAAUAAAUGAGAUUAGAAAACAUGAAUUUGGUUGUUCCAGAAACUCGGUCACAUUGGGAGAAUACUUUUUUCCCUAAGCGAUUGUUUUUUGGAGUCAAUGCAAAAAGUCUUUAUGGGUACAGGCCUCCGUAGUGACAUUCUAAUGUAAUAGAAUCUUUUUUGAUUUCAUUUGCUUAAAGAUACUGCUUUAAAUGUUUUAGAGAAAUAUUUUAUCCUAAAAAGGUUAAUUAUCCAGGGUUGAAAAGAUCUUACCUGAAAGCUUAAAAGCUUGUAUCUUGACAGUAAAAUCAUCAUUUUAGUUUCAGUAUCUUAAUCAAGUGGGUGUGUGGCAAUUCAAGUGUUUUCAUCUCUUAAGUUUCUAUAGUGGAUAGCUUUUGUCUCCCUUCUAUUUUAACUCAAAGCUUUCUAUCUGUAAAGAAUCUCAGCUUAGGACUCAAAACAAGUCUGUAUUGAGGAUUUAUUUCUGGAAUUGUGUUAAACAGUUUUCCGUAGAUAUAGAUAUUUUACUUAGGAAGCUGCAUCAAGUAGGUACCUUGAAUACUACUCUCUUGUGACUAACUCUGCUUGUUCACAGCCUUCCCCACCCUUCCACCAAGCCCCCCUUCACUAACCUGUGCAGUCUUUGCUUUUCUGAUCUCUUUUACUUCUUGUUUUUCCCCUAGUUUUGGAGUAGCUCUUAAAGUCUGACUUGUCAUGGUGCUUUGGAAGAGUAGCCAGUGUCUUUUCUGGGUAAAUAAGCUAUGAACUGACUAAGAGGAGUAGUUAAAAUUGAGAAAGCUUAGCUGUACCUUGUCUUGCAUGUUAAACAUAAUGAGUUUAAAGGAUUAUGAUUAUUUGUAAGCAUCAGGAUCUGCUAGACAGGACAUCUGUUUUACUUGCUACUCUUAUGUUGGUGGAGAAAUAGCAUGCUUUUCAUUCAGUAUAAAAAUUUUGUGUUCUAGCUGGGCAAUGAUGGCUUAGUUUUUGAAAUGUACUUUCUUGAGAAGUAGCAUGUGGUUGCACGUUUUCAAAAAAUACCUAAUGGUGAAAAUGAGACAAUGAUUCCUGUAUUGACAUCAAAAAAAGCAAGUGAAUUACCAGUCAGUGAAGUUGCAAGCAUUCUCCAAGCUGAUCUUCAGAAUGGUCUAAACAAAUGUGAAGUUAGCCAUAGGCGAGCCUUUCAUGGCUGGAAUGAGUUUGAUAUUAGUGAAGAUGAGCCACUGUGGAAGAAAUAUAUUUCUCAGUUUAAAAAUCCCCUUAUUAUGCUGCUUCUGGCUUCUGCAGUCAUCAGUGUUUUAAUGCAUCAGUUUGAUGAUGCCGUCAGUAUCACUGUGGCAAUACUUAUCGUUGUUACAGUUGCCUUUGUUCAGGAAUAUCGUUCAGAAAAAUCUCUUGAAGAAUUGAGUAAACUUGUACCACCAGAAUGCCAUUGUGUGCGUGAAGGAAAAUUGGAGCAUACACUUGCUCGAGACUUGGUUCCAGGUGAUACAGUUUGCCUUUCUGUUGGGGACAGAGUUCCUGCUGACUUACGCUUGUUUGAGGCUGUGGAUCUUUCCAUUGAUGAGUCCAGCUUGACAGGUGAGACAACGCCUUGUUCUAAAGUGACAGCUCCUCAGCCAGCUGCAACUAAUGGAGAUCUUGCAUCAAGAAGUAACAUUGCCUUUAUGGGAACACUGGUCAGAUGUGGCAAAGCAAAGGGUGUUGUAAUUGGAACAGGAGAAAAUUCUGAAUUUGGGGAGGUUUUUAAAAUGAUGCAAGCAGAAGAGGCACCAAAAACCCCUCUGCAGAAGAGCAUGGACCUCUUAGGAAAACAACUUUCCUUUUAUUCUUUUGGUAUAAUAGGAAUCAUCAUGUUGGUUGGCUGGUUACUGGGAAAAGAUAUCCUGGAAAUGUUUACUAUUAGUGUAAGUUUGGCUGUAGCAGCGAUUCCUGAAGGUCUCCCCAUUGUGGUCACAGUGACGCUAGCUCUUGGUGUUAUGAGAAUGGUGAAGAAAAGGGCCAUUGUGAAAAAACUGCCUAUAGUUGAAACUCUGGGCUGCUGUAAUGUGAUUUGUUCAGAUAAAACUGGGACACUGACGAAGAAUGAAAUGACUGUUACUCACAUAUUUACUUCAGAUGGCCUGCAUGCUGAGGUUACUGGAGUUGGCUAUAAUCAGUUUGGGGAAGUGAUUGUUGAUGGUGAUGUUGUUCAUGGAUUCUACAACCCAGCUGUUAGCAGAAUUGUUGAGGCGGGCUGUGUGUGCAAUGAUGCUGUAAUUAGAAACAAUACUCUAAUGGGGAAGCCAACAGAAGGGGCCUUAAUUGCUCUUGCAAUGAAGAUGGGUCUUGAUGGACUUCAACAAGAUUACAUCAGAAAAGCUGAAUACCCUUUUAGCUCUGAGCAAAAGUGGAUGGCUGUUAAAUGUGUACACCGAACACAGCAGGACAGACCAGAGAUUUGUUUUAUGAAAGGUGCUUACGAACAGGUAAUUAAGUACUGUACUACAUACCAAAGCAAAGGGCAGACCUUGACACUUACUCAGCAGCAGAGAGAUGUGUACCAACAAGAGAAGGCACGCAUGGGCUCAGCGGGACUCAGAGUUCUUGCUUUGGCUUCUGGUCCUGAACUGGGACAGCUGACAUUUCUUGGCUUGGUGGGAAUCAUUGAUCCACCUAGAACUGGUGUAAAAGAAGCUGUUACAACACUCAUUGCCUCAGGAGUAUCAAUAAAAAUGAUUACUGGAGAUUCACAGGAGACUGCAGUUGCAAUCGCCAGUCGUCUGGGAUUGUAUUCCAAAACUUCCCAGUCAGUCUCAGGAGAAGAAAUAGAUGCAAUGGAUGUCCAGCAGCUUUCACAAAUAGUACCAAAGGUUGCGGUAUUUUAUAGAGCUAGCCCAAGGCACAAGAUGAAAAUUAUUAAGUCUCUACAGAAGAAUGGUUCAGUUGUAGCCAUGACAGGAGAUGGAGUAAAUGAUGCAGUUGCUCUGAAGGCUGCAGACAUUGGAGUCGCGAUGGGCCAGACUGGUACAGAUGUUUGCAAAGAAGCAGCAGACAUGAUCCUAGUGGAUGAUGAUUUUCAAACCAUAAUGUCCGCAAUUGAAGAGGGUAAAGGGAUUUAUAAUAACAUUAAAAAUUUUGUUAGAUUCCAGCUGAGCACGAGCAUAGCAGCAUUAACUUUAAUCUCAUUGGCUACAUUAAUGAACUUUCCUAAUCCUCUCAAUGCCAUGCAGAUUUUGUGGAUCAAUAUUAUUAUGGAUGGCCCCCCAGCUCAGAGCCUUGGAGUAGAACCAGUGGAUAAAGAUGUCAUUCGUAAACCUCCUCGCAACUGGAAAGACAGUAUUUUAACUAAAAACUUGAUACUUAAAAUACUUGUUUCAUCAAUAAUCAUUGUUUGCGGGACUUUGUUUGUCUUCUGGCGUGAGCUGCGAGACAAUGUGAUUACACCUCGAGACACAACAAUGACCUUCACAUGCUUUGUGUUUUUUGACAUGUUCAAUGCGCUGAGUUCCAGAUCCCAGACCAAGUCUGUGUUUGAGAUUGGACUCUGCAGUAAUAAAAUGUUUUGCUAUGCAGUUCUCGGAUCCAUCAUGGGACAAUUACUAGUUAUUUACUUUCCUCCACUUCAGAAGGUUUUUCAGACUGAGAGCCUAAGCAUACUGGAUCUGUUGUUUCUUUUGGGUCUCACCUCAUCAGUGUGCAUAGUGGCAGAAAUUAUAAAGAAGGUUGAAAGGAGCAGGGAAAAGAUCCAGAAGCAUGUUAGUUCGACAUCAUCAUCUUUUCUUGAAGUCUGGCUCUGGCAGAGGAGUGGACAGCAGCUGGUUGAGAUACAGCCCCAUCUGGAGACAGGACUGCCACUGACAGAAGACGUGAGCUGUGUCUAAGUCCAGUCUUGUGCCCAGCCGUGUCUGCGCCUUCACUCUCUGGAACUCUUCAUACAACAUCUUAGCACCAUCCUCCUGCAGCUCUUCCUUACCUAAAGAAAGAAAGAACCCAAGGGCAGUGUUUCCAAAAGCACUGUAACAGCUUGUAAUUUUCUCCACAUAUACUACAAAUUCCAUAAAGAAAUCAAUUUAAAAAACUAAGAUGUUUUUCCUUUCUGGCUUCAUAAAUGCCUUGCUGUAUAAAUUGAAAUACUGAUACUGAACUGUCUUUUUAAUGAUGACCUAACUUUAUUCAACUCACGAGAAUUUACUUUUUCCCUGAAAUAAGAUCUCUUCCACCUGACAUAAACAUGUCUGCAUCUGAACUGUCUAAACCCUACAUCUGUGUCUAUGAAAAAUACAAAUGACUAUUAAAUUUCAUUCUCUUUACUGUUGCUCUUUCAACAAAA